UGGAAACAUCUGCGACAAAGAAUCGCGCUGGUCAUUAAAAAAAGAUGAAAACUUUUCAACGUUUCAGCUUUUUUGUUGCAUUUUUGCUUCAGUUUCUUUUCAACACGUAUUGGACAAUGGAAGCCAAAGCUCCAGGUGAUAUAAUCAUUGGAGGGAUAUUUCCAAUUCAUGAAAGUGUGCAGGAACAUGACAGUAACAAUAGCACGGCAUGGAGUUGUAACAGGUUAAGCAUCGGGCGGCUGUCUCAGUCUAUGAUAAUGGUGUACGCCAUAGAGGAGGUGAACAGGAAACGUGAACUGCAGAACAUCACUCUGGGGUAUCAUAUAGUUGACUCCUGCGGGGAAGUCGCAGCAGCACUAGAAAAUGUUCAAGUCUUCAUGAGAAAAACACGUGAUCUCAAUGACCCCACACUCCCUCCUGUGCUGGCAGUCAUAGGCGGUUAUUACUCAGAGAUCAGUGUGUCAGUUACAAGACAACUCAACCUGGAUAAAAUCCCUGAGAUAAGUUAUGGGUCAACCUCUGGUCUACUGAGUGAUAAAAACAAAUUCCCAAGCUUCAUGAGGACCGUACCUGAAGAUGAUCACCAAGUGCAGGCCAUCAUCCAGAUUCUAAAGCACUACAACUGGAACUGGGUUGGCGUGUUGACCACCGACGGUGAAUACGGACGCUAUGCGAUUGAACGCCUUCAGAUCCACGCCGACAAAGCUGGCAUCUGCCUUGCUUUCGUCUGCGUUCUACCAGAGUCUCUUAAGGAACAAAGAAUCAUGCACACCAUUAGUAAAGCGGCCAACAAAAUUAUAGAGAGCAAAAAAGUCUCCGUCAUCAUUUCCUUCGCGAAGCAAAACCACAUGAUGUAUAUUUUGGAAGAGGUUCUCCAAAAACCUGGAGGCAGAGGAAAAGUUUGGGUGGCCAGUGAUAACUGGUCACAAUCAACCAAUGUGCUGAACACUUCAAGGUGGAAGCUGGAGGAUGUAGGAACAGUCAUCGGAGUGACGCUGAAGUCUUCAGACGCGGCCAACUACACCAAGUUCCUCCGAAAUCUGGAUCCUGAGAAGUACAAAAACAACAGCUUCUUGACGGAUUUCUUCGACUUGAGUGGAACUGAAGAGUCCAAGAAAGACCAGCUGAUUAACUUGACAUACCCUUAUGGUUUGUUCAGUAUUCAGCUCGCUGUCAAAGCAAUCACUCAGGCUCUGAAAGACGUGUGCGUCAAGAACAAGUGCACACCAGACAGCUUAAAACCAUCAGAGUUCAAGGAUGCCUUAAGGGCAGCACAAUUCUCCAUGGAUGGAAAAACGUACUCGUUUGAUGAAUACGGGGACCUGAACUCCGGAUAUGACGUGAUUGUGUGGAAGAAUCAGGGAUCCUCUAUAGACAUGAAGAACAUCAUUGGUUACUAUGACAUCAAAAAUCAGAAGCUGACUUUUAACUCACAUGUCAGAGAUUUGCGCCAAUUUGUGCGAGGAGUGACAUCCAGGUGCUCAGAGCACUGUCGCCAUGGCACCAGGAGGAGGAGAGAGGACAGCCAGCCUGUUUGCUGCUAUCAGUGUGUCCCCUGUCCUGCUAAUCACUUUUCCAACAAAACCGGCAGCUCAAAGAUUGAACUCUGGAUUAAUGGAAAGAGGGUCACCAGCCUCACCCUGUCCCAGAGCCAUGUGAGCAUUAGUGUAGGAAUGAUGGGUAAAGCCGUUCUCCCAUGA